AAAACAUGUCAAACCCAGCCAUCCCCCAACUUCCGAUAUGGUUAACAGUGCCAUCAAAGGAUUGAAAGAAAGGAGCGGAUCCUCGUUGCAUGCUAUCAAGAAAUACAUCGGUUCGAAUUACAAGGUCGAUUCUGAAAAACUUGCACCGUUCAUAAGAAAAUUUCUCAAGUCCGCUGUACAGUCCGGUUCCUUGAUUCAGACCAAAGGAAAAGGAGCGUCUGGUUCUUUCAAAUUGGCCGCUGCCGGAUCUACAACAAAGGCGUCGAAGAAAGUUGCGAAAAAAUUGGUCAAGUCGGCCGAUCGAGCACAUAAGAAUGCAUCACCUACAAAGGCAGCCGACAAGAAGAACAAAUCACUUGCCAGGUCUACAUCUACAGUGAGUAAGUCGAAAAAGAGAGAAGCAAUUGCUACAGAAAAGAAGAAGCCAAAAUUAACGAAAUCUCCCUCGAAAGCUAAGAAGGCAAUCAAAUCGCCGACGAAGAAGCCCAAAGCACCGAAACCAAAAACGGUCAAAUCAGUAACGGCUGCGAAGAAAGUAACGUCUCCCAAAAAGAAAAAGUAAAACAUAUAUAA